AUGGAAGAAGCGAUCAAUAAGACAAAUAUUUGUCUGAUCCCAAAGAAGACUAAAGCAAGUAAAAUGGCUGAGUUCAGGCCAAUCAGCUUGAGCAAUGUGGCAUACAAGAUCGUAGCGAAGAUAAUUGCAAAAAGGCUGAAGAGGAUCCUUCCCCAUGCAAUAUCUGAUACACAAUCUGCAUUUGUGAAGGGAAGAUCGAUUACGGAUAAUAUCCUGGUUUCCCAUGAGCUUCUCUAUGCGUUGAAAUCGAAUAAUAAGUGUUCGAAGGAGUUCAUCGUGAUUAAAAUGGACAUCUCUAAGGCCUAUGAUAGAAGUGGAGUGGCGGUUCCUAGCGAAGGUGAUGAGAAUGCUAGGAUUCGCAGAUGA